AUGUCUCUUCUGUCCCCCUCGGAAUCCCAUGCUUUCCAGUCCUUCCUCUCCUCCAUCGACUACGACUACACCGUCGCAGACACCCUCUUCACCGCGUCCGAGUGGUCCGUCCUUGCAGACGACAUCCCCGUCCCCCAUGCCUCCCCCGGCAAAGAAGCCCUCGCGAAGGCGACCAAGGACCUCAUGUCCCUCCAGCAGCCAGUCGUCUCUGUGCCCCAAUCGUGGUCCCCCUCCACAUGCCAAAACCUCCCCCCCAUCCUCAAAUCCUCUGCGAACCGCCCUCCACAGAGCUUCUUCACAACCAACCCAUCCUCCUCCUCGUCGCAACGCCAUCACCCUGCCAACCCCUUCUACUAUCUGCACCAGCCCCACUCGAGCAAUGCUCGCGGAGAAUCGUCUACCCACAUCGCUCCACAUACCACAGUGACGCCCUCCGUCUCGAUCAAAGACUCGACACCGCCGCCCCCCUCCACAUCGUCGUCUUCCUCUGUCACGUACGCCUCUAGUUCCUCGACUCACCCAUCCGUGAAGCGUGGCUUCUCCGACGACUCCACCUCCUCCGCAACAACGCGCAAACGCCGACGGGCUUCGACCGCCUCCUCUUCCCACACCCCACCCACACCCCGAGACUCCACUUCCUCCAGCGCAGGUCCGAGCGGCAAAACCACGCUUUUGACGCCCUCACAGAAGAAAGCGAACCACAUCCAGUCCGAGCAGAAACGCCGCGCGAACAUUCGGCGGGGGUACGAGGCCCUCUGUGAGACCAUUCCUGCACUGCGCGAGGCGAUCCGGGCCGAAGAGGAAGCGACCGCUGCUGCUGCUACAGGCAGCACCGGACAUGCAAGUGGGAGGCGACGCAAGUCGCGAGCAAGGGCCGCUGAGGACGGGGAGAAGAUCGACGGGCGGGCGGGUCCGAAGAGUGAGAACAUCGUGUUGCAGAAGACAAUCGACUAUCUGCAGGAUUUGCUAGCAGAUCGGCAGGGUCUCCUUGCCCGACUCCAGCGGGCACGGGGUGCACUGCCGCAUGGCCAUCCAGCCCUUAUGCCUCCACAUACGGACGAGAUCCCCCUCUGGGAACGCGAAUGGACAGGCGGCCAGAACGCCGACGACGACGAGGGCGAUGGCAGCGACGACGAAGAGUAG